UCUGUCAAUGCUUACAGAUUACAAUAAAAAGUUAAAAGUAAUGUAUUUCACUAAAGUAUUCAUCUUAUGUGGACUCAAUAUCUGUGCAUGGGCGCAUGAUAACAAAACUGUGGAUCAGAGUCAUUCCGUAGACGAUACAAUAAAUAAGCUAUUAAAUCAUGCUAAAUAUGAUCUUCAAGAUGCAGGAAUUGCGAUGCUACUGAAAGAACUCAAAGAUGCCAGAGCUUACGAAAAGAAUGGUAAGCACGUGUCUACCUCUCUUGAAAUAACAAGCAUCUACACACGUUGGGGACGCAAAACAUGUCCUGCUGGUGCAUCCUUAGUUUAUGAAGGGUUUGCAGCUGGGGGAAACUUCGAGGUAACUGGGGCACCUGCAAAUUAUUUAUGUCUUCCACAAAGUCCAGAAUGGGAUAAUAAAAGCAAUAACCCACAGCACAUAAGCCAUAUAUACGGAGCAGAAUAUGAACUCCACAACAGCAUAUUUCAAGGACUUACAAAUCAUGAUGUUCCUUGUGCCGUUUGUCAAGUCCCGAGAAGCAGUGUUGUAAUGGUACCCGGAAAAAAUACCUGUUUCAAAAACUUUGUUAAAGAAUACACCGGUUAUCUUAUGGCUGGAUACCCUAUCUAUAAUGCAGCCUCCGAAUAUGUUUGUGUUGAUGGUGAACCUGAACAAGCAAGUAAAUCUCUUGCUCAUAAUCACAAUGGGAAACUGUUUUACUUUGUUCGAGCUAAAUGUGGCUCACUAAAGUGUCCUCCAUAUAAAGAGGAUGACGACCUUACAUGUGUCGUGUGUUCUUAUUUACCAUGAACUAAAGUAUUCCCUAUAUUACAUUUUGAGAGUGUAUAAUCGUUCAAAGAGCAUACUUAAUUUAUUUCAGUUAUAUUGAGUUUGAUUAUGUUUCUUUUAUAAAUAAAAGCUUGAAAAGCACAUUUCGUAAUUUAUAUGUGUAUCAAUUACUUACAGUUAUGCAUGUAAACAAUCUUGAAUGAAAAAAAGGAAAAAAUAGCGACUUUAUUUACAAGUAGAAAUCGUGUUCUUAGUGAAAGCUUGGAAAGCGAGGAUGUUUAGCUUUUAUUAAGAAAGCGAAUCAUCAAAGACGCCAUAAGAACUGUAUAUUAUUUUAAUCAAUGUUAUUAACAAAGUUAUAAAUAUAAAAACUUUUUAACUACUUCUGAAAUAUGCUUUGUUUCAUUUUGUUUCUCCUGACAACUACGAUAUAUAGGUAGAAUUUGGUGCAAUGAUAAGAUGUUCACGUAGAAUGUGAUUUGUCAGGAGUUUGAACCCCGAUCCAGGCAAGUCAAACAUUUGCGGUUUAAGUGAUACGAAAAAAAUCCAUAUGUAUCAAAUUAAAACUAUUUUCCAAAAAUGUAGAAGUUUGUCAUUUUAUACAACCGUUUUAUCGUGUAUAUUUCUGAAAAGGCUUUUGAUAAAGGUAUUAUCAGAAUUACUUCAAAGAUCACAUGGACACCAGUUUUAAGUGUUAAAUAAUAUAUGAUAUUUCUUAUUAUGUUCCAAACACCAAUCGUCAUUUUUAUUUUUUAUGUUCACACAUAAAUUUUACAGAUUCCACUUGAUGCUUUGCAUUAAACUAACUUGUGAAUUAUAAAAUAUAACUCUUUAAUAAAUCAGUAGUGAAGUGUUUAAAACAAAAGUCAGUUUCUCUUUAUUCUAAAGUUUCCUGAUGAAUCAAUGCUCACAAGUUCGAAAACGUGAUCAUAUAUUAUAAAAUGACUUAAUUAGUUUUGUAUAAUAUCUCAAUCAUAUGCCAUUAACAAUUAGAUUUUAAUGCUUGUCUGAAUUCUAUUUGCUUACAAAUUACACUGCAUCUUUUGUCAAAUAAUGUACAGGUUUGACUGUAAUCAGUCAUUAUGGUUUGAGAACAUUAAAAUUACUUGAAAUACAUGUAAAGAUAUAAUCAUAACCUGUGCGUGUUGAAAAGUAUUGUACUCUUGAUAAAAGAUUGUAUACUUUCUUUUUACUCCGGAUUUAGAAUUUAGAUACUGAUGAGGAAGAGGGAACAAUAGGGUAUCUGUAAUAAAAACCUUAAACAUCCUUAGAGAAAAGGACAAAGCCACUCAAUUGUUAUAAAAACAACAAAAGAUAAACAAAGAUAAAACGAAUUUACCAAAAUAAAAGCAUAUUUUACCAAAGUAAGUCAACAUUGAUGUUAAAAUUCCUGCUUCUACAAGCAACGCAUUACAUGCACGUAUUUGGAGGUUGGUCAUGGGAAGGAUUUGUGAAUUUAAUUUGCACCGGUUGUCUUUAAACCUGUGGCAUAUAUGUUAUAUGUACAUAUGGUUCUGCAGUGGGUCAUAAUUGUUUUGCUUUUAUUAUCAUCACAAAUAUUGACAUCAAAAUGCUUUACUGUACAUGGAAUAUAAUGAUAUUGUUGUAAUAUAAUUUAUAUAGAAAAAAGGCAUAAUUACAUAAAACGUAUAAAAGUAUGUGUGACUUUCAUGUGCUUUGUACGUAUGAAAAUAAUGAUGAAUAUUUAUAUUAUAUAUCAUAUAAUUUGGCAGUUAUGUAUUAUGACAAUUAAACAUGAAAAUUAA